GGUGAAUGUGUUUACAAUUUCAAAUUCUACAAAUCACCCUCGAUGUGUCUUAAUUUGAUGGUGUGCUGUGGCAAAGAAGAUAAAUAUUGAUAACAUGACGAAAUUUUCUUGAAACUUAUUCGAAAAAAUUUUCCACUCAUCGUUGUUCUAAAAAAAAACACCCAAAACACCUAUUGCUAUUCAAUUUAUCAUGAAAAUAGGACGAAAUGUCGAGUCGUAGCCGUUUUUACGAAGGAUGCGGUCGAGAAGGGCCUAUCCGAUGCAUUUUCAUUUGCGAAUUCCAUCACACUUACGGUCCCACGAUACUCUGCCAAGUACCCGAAGACUACAUCUCGAAAGAUGAUUUCGAACCAGUUAGCGUUUACCUCAUUCCCAAAGUUCAACUUUUCGGCAACAUAAUGACCAUCACCGUUUACGGUUUCAAAAUAUUAGGUUUUCCUGUCGGAAUCGAAGAUGAUAAAAAUUACCAUCGAAACGCGUACUUGUUCAAUUUAUGUUUCGUUUUCGAUAAUUGGGCUCGUAGCGUUCAUUAUGAACCAGUGAUUAAAAAAUUAACCGAAUAUUUGAUGGCCAUGGAAACGGAGAAAAAAUUCGUAUCUCAAAUAGCUAAUUCUCAAGCUCAUAAGUUAUCCAUGAUUAACUUGCUGACUCAGGUUAUGAAUGAUUUAAAUACCCAGAAGAUGUCUAUACUUGCUGGACUUGCUGGCUCUAGUAUUACAACUCAUUUGAAAGUUACUCAGUUACUUUGUGAUCCACCUACGGUGCUCGAUUACGAAGUACCUGUUUUACUCGAUUCCAGUAGCGAUAUGUUGCAAUCUGAGCAAUGGGAUCUUACCACUAAUCAAAUUUUGCCAUACAUUAAUGGGGUGAAUCAUGUUACCAAAAUAUCUGCCAGUGCUGAUGUUGAUAAUAAUUUAGUGAAAUCUUGUUUACAAAAUCUAGUGUAUUACGGUAUGGUCAGCAUGAUACCGAUAUUUCAAUACAGUAAUAUGUACGCAACUACAUCCAAACUUAGGAAAUUAGCCACCGAACGAAAAUUACAAGAUGAAUGUACCACAGCUGUAGCCAGGGGAAAACAUGUUCCUCAAUUUAGAGAUAUUUUCAACGUGUAUGCGAAUAUGAGACAUGGAAUCACAGUGAAAAAUCUCUGCGUUCGGUUUAAUUUUGUAGAUUUGCAUAUAGAUGAACGGAAUUUGAUACAGUUCGGUAUUUUGGAAGGAGUUAUACGUCGAAUAUAUAAAUAUCCCAUCUUACUGGAUAAUACGUUACAAGGAGACAUUCCACAUUCUCAGUAUUUUACCGGCGAGUACUCGAUGGAUCAAAUAUGUUGCCAUACCGGUUUAACCUAUCAACAACUCGAAGAUCAGAUUCAGAAUUACUCGGAUGUUGUUGUGAUCUGUAAAUGAGCAUUUCAUUCUAUUGCGAAUUUAUCAAUGGAGCUUACGAAGAUCUCUGAUUUCUAAUCGAUACGAAUACAUCACAAAUAAUGAAAAAUAUGAUCUUACAGCUGCAUCUUCAUUUAAUUUUUAACGACUGGUUCACUUUGUUAUUUGCAUCUUGUUUUUUUUUCUUUAAAAAAUUAUGUACUUGUUGAUUUAUUAAACAAAUUUAUUCUCGUAA